AUGCACGACGAAUACCGUACCCACAAAACAACGCCGGUGAGGGCGUUUUUCAGAAUGCUGACCGACAUUACGAGUCGGUAUGCGGCGUUGGUGGCUUCGACAGUAUAUCGCGAGGAACUUUUAUUGGCUUCGACAGUAACUGCCACGGUUAUCACACCGCCGCAAACAAUGACUAUAGGGGGACAAGUAUAUCAUCUGUCCACGUUGAUAACGGUCAUGUCUCUACUUGUCUGGCGAUCCCAUCCUGCUGGCCUGGCGAAACAACAAAUGAUGACAUCUUCGACCACUCUAACAAUAAGAAGUUCCGAUAACGGCAUCAGCAUCGUCGCCACAGGAAAUAGAGACUUUGGACGGGAUGGACGAAAAAUGAGGAAAUCUGACGCUUUCUCCGUAACCAUGACCACUCUUCCUCCACAUAUUAAAGGCAAUAUCACAACACGAGACAUUCGACUGGCCAAUGUCAUGGUUCGGCUGGCCGCCGGGAGACGGUCAAUAUGGGAGGAAUUGGACAUAACGAGGGGUCGUUGUAAUAAAAUAGUAUAUUUUUAG